CGUGUUGCACGUUUCAAUUCUUCAAGUGCCGUGUUCGCGUCUGGACGUUUCGCUCGCAGUAUUUACGCUUUUGUCAUUGCCGCUUUUCCAGCUGUCCAAUUUUUUCCGCGCGUGUCCCGUUGUCUGCCGGUUUCCGAACUAGUUCCACAGCUCUACUAAACGUCAAACAACUCUAUUCGGAUUAAAAACCCUAUAUCUUUGUGUCCAGCAGUGCAAUUCCAUCGAAAUCAUGUCGACACAUCGUGCACCGAAAUCCGGAUUCGCCGCCGAAGCUCAGCGAAAGAUCAACUCAAAGUACAGCGAGGAAUUAGCCGCCGAAUGCCUGGAAUGGAUCAAGGAGGUAACCGGCGAACCGAUCAACACGUCAGGCGAUAUGGAUAACUUCUUCGAAGUGCUGAAGGACGGUACUAUACUCUGUACGCUAGCGAACGCCAUCGAAGCCGGCACGGUCAAGAAGGUCAACACCAGCAAGAUGGCGUUCAAGUGCAUGGAAAACAUCUCCGCGUUUCUGGAAGCGGCCAAGAAAUUCGGUGUACCACCACAGGAAACCUUCCAGAGUGUGGAUCUAUGGGAGCGACAGAACCUGAACUCGGUCGUCAUCUGCAUCCAGUCGCUCGGCCGCAAGGCAGGUAAAUACGGCAAACCGUCGAUCGGACCGAAGGAAGCGGACAAAAACGAGCGCCAGUUCAGUGAUGAACAGUUGAGGGCCGGUCAGACCGUCAUUUCACUGCAGUAUGGUUCAAACAAGGGGGCUACUCAGAGCGGCAUCAAUUUCGGCAACACCAGACACAUGUAAGCUUGUCUGCGAUGGGAUCGAAUCUUCACCUGGACUCCGCGCGUGUUUUCUAGCUUUCUAAGAACUUAUUAAAAAACGGUUGUAUGUAAACCGCAAUCACUAACAAUCCUGGUGCAUAAAUAGCGGCCUAUCGGUGAAGUGCCAAACCGAAUAGAAGGGACAUAGAGAAACAUGUUAAAAUGACAGGUCUGCGUCAUAGACUAAACGAAAUUAUCCAUUAUACACGAUGAGAAAACAAGGCAAUCCUGAUCCUGAUAGUGCAUUUUGUUAAAAUAGUAAAAAUCCAAGAUAGGACACGAUUUUGAACCAAUGUACCUAUUUAAAAUCGAGAAACACCAUAGCGCCUUAGCAAUGAGACUUUCCUUCUUCGAUGUGUAGAGGUAGCGAAUUUUUCAAGAAGGACACGAUGUGCAGCGUAUUUACCAAACCGUGCACUUCCAGCAUAUUUUAACUGCAGUUUAUGUAUUUUUAACAUCAAAUUAUAGUCAGACUUUAGCAUUUCAAACCUCCAGGAGUUGCUUUGAAGAGCGCUCAUACAAAGAAUACGGAUAUUUCACACACAUACUUAUUCCGCUCUAGGCACUGUUACACAUUCCGUAGUGAGUUAACAAGUCGAUUCUAUAUCAUAGGAUAGCCUAUUAGCAUUAAGUUUUCGGGAUGAAUGGCACCUCGUUCGGAACCGGAACGGAAUUAUACACUGUUAUCGGUAAAACCCAGGUUCGUCCGUUUUGAUGCACAUUAGAUGUAGAAAAUGCAGUAGAACACAAUAGAGAGAGCAUUGGAAUAACAGACCUAGAUUAAACUAAGCAAAAUCUUUGUACAUGUCUGCGGAAAGGAUGACUUUCGGUUUGGAACGAAAAAACCUAAAAAAAAGCGAUAAACCGUUUCGGUGAAUGACUAAAAUCGUGCUUACCGCAUGCGCCACUAAAACUUAGAAAAACAUGUAUUUUUGUUUUAUGCUCGUUUAUUACUCUUUACGCCGAGCAUCGAUUCAUUAUAUUUUUGCUUUUUGUUUUUGUUUUUGAGAUCAUUUACCAAGCAAGAAGAAAAAUCAUAAAUUAUUGACAGUAUACAUAAAUAUAUGUUUUGUUAAAUGUAA